AUGCGGCCUCUGCCCAACCCAACACCCCCACCAUUGUUUAACCAACUGAUCAUUGGGCAGUGAGCAAGCUCAACUUGCCGGAUGCCAUCUCCUCUAUAUAACAGCCCUCCCAGCCAUGGCAUCCCAGGCACAUCGGGCAAGCUGACUUGUGAGAGCAAGAGCUUCUGCAUCACCAAUUUGCUCUCCUACUCUACAUUCUAGACAUCAUUCCUCGGAUUCUCUCUCUCGUAGUCUGAAGAGAUGCCUCGGUUCAUCCUCUUCUGCUUGGUGUCGAGCCAGCUGGCCAUGACCGCGGUCGUGGCGCGGCCGUUCGCCGUCUUCUUGGACGGCGGCGCGAUGAGCAGCGUGGUAGCAGACGCUCCUUCCGCUCCGGCCGUGCUACACGCGCACUCCCUGCUGGAGGAGUCAAGGUUCGCCGGGUCGCCGCUGGGUUCGCACCACAGCCAUCACAGCCCCUUCGACCGGACGUUCGCCGGCGGCAAGAUCAUAGUGACGGGGCUCGCCGCCGCCAUCGUCGUCGCCAUCUUCUGCUACCUCCGGAUCACGAGGACGAAGAAGAACGUGGAGGUGGAGCCAAAAGUCUGAUUGCUAGGCCCGACUAUACUCCAUUACUCCUACAUCAUACUACGACUUCUGCAGAAAAGGAAAAAAAAAUAAUCGUUCGAUUCCACAUACACACAGUGAGGAUGGGUAUAUGGGGUUCAAGUGUAACCCCACUUAGAUUCAUUUUAACAUGUAAACAAGUAUUUGUGACGAAUAUAGAUGGUUUCUGUGCCAAAAUCCUUCGGUUUGCAGAAGGUGCUUCAA